AUUUUAUGUGGCGGACACCGUCAUAUUUUGUCGCGAAAUGUGAUUGGGUAGUGUUACUAACUUCCCCAUGGAGAUUGUAGUCCAGAAAACAUGCUGUCAGAAGGAUACUAUAUGGUUAUAAACCAGUCGGGAUGAUAUGGAGGAUAACGUCUGGUUACCAUGGAGACGACUGAAACCUUUCGCCGAAGCACGCAUUGAAAAACGUCGCGCGAAAGCGUCAACAAGCAACCAGGCGCCUGUAGGCGACUCAUGACGUCACCAGCGGUCUGACAGUAGACGUUGCAGCCAUGGAGGAAGUGAGAGUGUUUCCCCUGACCUGUGCCGUGCAGAAUUAUGCGUGGGGGAAGGUUGGUCUGGACAGCGAGGUGGCGAAACUGGUGAUUGGUGGAGACCCACUAGCUGUCAUAGAGGUUGGCAAACCUUAUGCUGAGCUGUGGAUGGGCGCCCAUCCAAAAGGUGACUCCCAGAUUAAAGACAACAGGAUCGCACAGACCACGCUGGGCCAGUGGAUCGCCCACUUCCCUGCCUGUCUGGGCUCCAAGGUCAAAGACACCUUCCAGGGUCAGCUGCCUUUCCUCUUCAAAGUCCUCUCUGUCAAUACAGCCUUGUCCAUACAGGCCCACCCCACCAGGGAAUUAGCUGCUCGACUCCAUGCUCAGUUUCCGGAGCACUAUCCAGACAACAACCACAAACCAGAGAUGGCCAUCGCUCUCACCCGCUUCCAGGGCCUCUGUGGCUUCAGAACAGUGGAGGAGAUCCUGGGAUUCCUUAAAUCUGUCCCAGAGUUUCAUGCUCUGGUGGGCAAUGAGGCAGCAGAGGAACUGAGAAGCAGCGUUGGAGAUGCAGUCCGCACCAGCCAGGCGUUGAAGAAGUGCUUCACCAGGAUGAUGAACUGCGAGAAGAAGGUGUUCGUGGACCAGCUCAACAUGCUGGUGAAGAGAGUCACUGAAGAGGGUGCAGCAGGGAAGGACACAUCAAGCAGCAAUGGUGAUUUGUUGCUGCGCCUCCACUCUCAGUACCCCGGAGACAUCGGCUGCUUCUCCAUCUACUUCCUCAACUACAUGGUCCUGGAACCAGGCCAGGCCAUGUUCCUGGGAGCCAAUGAGCCUCAUGCUUACCUCUAUGGAGACUGUAUCGAGUGUAUGGCCUGCUCAGACAACACGGUGAGAGCCGGCCUGACACCGAAAUACAUCGACGUAAACACGCUGUGCGAGAUGCUGAACUACAGCCCUGCCCCCGCCAGCUCCAAAAUUUUCCCGUGUGUUCAGGACGCUUCGGACCCCUGCGUGUCCCUGUACGACCCCCCGGUGCCAGACUUCAGUGUCAUGAGGAUACAGGUCCCAGCCUCAGUGAAGCAGUACACUGUGGCGCCAGUCGACAGCGCCAGCAUCCUCCUGGUCAUCGAAGGCGACGCCUCCGCAACCUCGGCCGCCGCGCUCUCCGACAUCACCCUGAGGCGGGGCACCGUCCUGUUUGUCUCGGCCAAUGAGAGCGUCUCCCUGCACAUCACCUCCCAGUCAGGGAUGAGCAUGUUUCGAGCCUGCUGUCUCCUGUAGUUGUGAGUCUGUGGCUGUGUGUGAACGCUCAUACUACCCCUUUGUUUCUUCUCCGGUUUGACUCGGCAAGGUCUGCCCUGCUUUAUGGAUUGAGCCUGAUGAUCGCUGCGCACUUUAGUUGGUAGUAUUUAAAAUGAGCUUUCAGACACAGAGAGUCGAUGCCCGUCUGUGCCCGCUGCUCCCCCCCAACAACUGAAACUCGACCUGCGGACUGCCGUCACCCCUCCACGCCAGCAGCAGUUUUCUCUAAGUUUAAAAUCCAGCAGGAAUCCAUCGCUGCUGGAUUUUAAUAGGUUUAAACCUAUUAAAAAAACGUCUUUUUUUACCUGUAGUGGUGCAAGUACAACUUAUAGAAAAAAAACAUAGGAAAAGGGUGCACACCCCAAAUUCUUGUCAGGUGCUAAGAAUAAGAAGACUAGGUCAAAACCUAGUAUAUGGGUUGACUGUGUAUGAAAUGCUAGACGGCCGACCAAUGGUGUAACUUCAUCACUCAGUCAGUCACUCAUUCAGGGACAGACUUGUGCGUUUAUAGGGCUGGUCCUGCUGUUGUGGUCCAGCAAAAAAGUAAAGAAUGUCUGCAACACUGAACGGCACCCAAUAUAAAUAAUAUUAAUGAUUAAGUGCACAUGACACUGUUUCAAUCACUUGAUCCUGAUGAGAUUCCUGAUGAAGAACCUGAUAGUUUAAGAUCAAGUGUUUUUCAUUCUUGACUUUGGAAACAGCAUUUAGAAAACAAUCUCACCAAAAGGUAAAUUUAGUGGUUCUGGAGUUCAAAGUGAAGCCCUUAAAGUGCCCAGAAAAAUAUGGAAAUAUAAAACAUCUACAACUCCACAGCAGUUGGGCGAACUCCCAUCUGCUGAUGAAGAUCAUGUGAUAUGAAUCAAAAGCUACUAAAUGGACCUUGUGGUGAGAAUGUUUUCUCAACUGCUGUUUCCAAGGUCAAUAUUAAUAAUAAGAGCUAAAAUGGUUGGAAAAAGUGCUCAGAGGGAAAAUGAAAUUAGAACAUUUACAUUUCUCUCUAUCUGCUGAUGAAGAUCAUGUGAUAUGAUCGAAAGCUUGAGAAAAGCUACAUUUUAUGAAAUUAA